CGUUAUCCAUGCUUGGAGCUUAAUAAACAGUACUCUCUUUUUUUUAUUUGUACCACACAAAAAAAUAGUUGUUAAAAAAUGGCCAUUGAAAAAUCUAAAAUAGCCAUUGGAUUUAUAGUGGCAGGCAUUCUGAUGCUGCUGUUUGGGAUAAUUACAGCAAUUAUUGGGCCGACAGUUAUGAAGAACGAGGUAGAAAAGAACACCAUCAUUGAUCCAAAGAAUGACCUCUCCUACACCAUGUGGAGGGACCUCCCGGUGCCCUUCUUCAUGUCCGUCUACUUUUUUCACGUCCUCAAUCCUGAAGAGAUCCUGAAAGGAGAGAAGCCCAUGGUGGAGCAGAGAGGACCUUAUGUGUACAGAAAACAGUGUCAGAAGGAGAACAUCACGUUUCACCCCAACAGCACAGUGUCCUACAAAGAAUACAGACAAUACUUCUUUGAGCCCUCCAUGUCUGUAGGGAACGAGUCGGAUGUCAUCACCAUCCCCAACAUGUUGGUGCUGGGUGCAGCGGUGAUGCUGGAGGACAUGCCCUACGCCGUGCGGCUGCUGAUCAGUGCCACCUUCAAGACUUUCAAAGAAGGGCCCUUCCUGACCAAGACGGUGGGAGAACUGAUGUGGGGCUACGACAGCGAUCUGGUCGCGUUCCUCAACAAAUACCUGCCGGGGAUGCUGCCAGCGAGUGGAAAGUUUGGCCUUUUUUCAGAGUUUAAUAACUCAAACACUGGAUUAUUCACAAUCCACACUGGGAGAGAUGACAUCACAAAGGUCCACAAAGUUGAUUCCUGGAAUGGAUUAACUGAGCUGAAAUACUGGAAGACGCCUCAGUGUAACAUGAUCAACGGGACAGCCGGGCAGCUGUGGCCACCUUUCAUGACUAAAGAGAGCACUUUAAAUUUCUACAGCCCGGACGCCUGCAGAUCUUUGGAGCUUGUUUAUCAGCGGUCUGGGGAGAUGCAAGGCAUCCCUCUAUAUCGAUUUGUUGCACCUAACACCAUGUUUGCUAACGGGACAGAUUACCCUCCAAAUGAAGGCUUCUGCCCCUGCAGGCAGUCUGGCUUGCUAAAUGUCAGCAGCUGCCGCCACAACUCCCCCGUCUUCAUCUCUCAUCCUCACUUCUUCAAUGCCGAUCCUGCACUGCUGGACUACGUGUUGGGUCUCAGCCCUACCGAAGAGGAGCAUGGCCUUUUCAUUGACAUUCAUCCACUCACAGGCGUCCCCCUGAACGUGUCCAUCCGCCUGCAGCUCAACCUCUACAUGAAGAGAGUAUCAGGAAUCACAGAAACAGGCAAGAUUUCAGAGGUGGUGAUGCCCAUGCUGUGGUUUGAGGAGAAUGGGUACAUCGAUGGGCCGAUCCUCUCUACGUUUAAAACCCAGCUGGUUAUUCUGCCUGCUGUCAUGGAGUACAUGCAGUACAUCUUCAUAGCCCUCGGCCUGCUAACCAUUGUAGUGGCUGUCUUUGUUUUCUACAAGGUCAAGGGAAAGACUAGUGAAGGUGCCACUGUACCAAGGGAAAUCACGAGCACUUCAACUGGAGAACGAACCCCUCUGCUACAAGUCAAGAAACACUGAUGAACUCCCAGAAAAAGGACCCAGCUUGUAUCGUGUCCUGAGACACGGACUCAGGAUAUGGAACAAGAUGCCAAAAGCCAUGCUAUAUUGGAAAGUUUACAAAACACUCAGCCAAAGAUGCGACUGUUGGCAGAGUGAACGGUCUUACACAUUUUAAACAUGCUGUUUUUUUUCUCUCUCACUGGUCAUCUCAGCUAUGCUGGACUAUUUUAGAUUUUUAUGACUUCUUCUGCUACAGCAGUGGAUUAUAAACUGCUGUGGAUAAAUGAUUUGGUUUUGACCACAAGGGAACUCGUUUUAUUUUCAGCCAGAUGUUUAGUGUUUUAAACACUGAUGGGCUUUUAUUAUUGAAGAGAAUAGAAAUAGAAAUGUCCUUUAUUGUCCCACAGUGGGGAAAUUUCAGGAAAUUCAUCAUGGGAAUUUGUUUAGUCCAGUUUAUUUCCAAGUUGUUGUAUUUUUCUAUGCACUGAGGAUUCUUAUUAGAAAGUGAGCUUGUUUUUAACCCUUACCACAGUUUUGCACAUCCAGAUGUGACAAUCAGCUGAGAGGAGGACACACACUCCUUAUUUACUACAUACGUCUUUUAUAAGAGUUUAAAUGUGUUUGUUCAACAUGAUGUGGAUAAAGCUGUUAGCGGUUCAGCUGACAUUGCUUGUUCAAAAUUGUUUAAAUGAAGAGAAUCGUAUUAUGGAAAGAAUUGCACUGAUGAUUGAUAUUAGUUUUGACUGACAGUGUCCAAGAUUUUCACUCCUCCUAAACUUCUUUUCUCAUUUUCAGUGGAUGUCAACUUCUAAUGUCUUUUUUUUCCCAUUUGUGGAAGGUUGAAAUGUGAAUAAACUAAUCUUUAAGAAAUACAUUGUAGAAUUUAUUCUUUGAAGAAAAACAGACAUUUUAACUUUAAGGUGAAUACAAGCCUUUCAGCAGAAAAAUUCAGUUUUUCAAAGAUUACUUUCAACCAAAAUCCUUCAACCAUUUUGAUUGGUUUAAAAAAAAAAGAGCAUCUCAAAGCGAUCCUUCGAAGUCCAAGAAAAUGAGGAGACCGGAAGAGUUUUGGCUGUGGAUUCAAACAGGUCUACCCUUCGACGGGUUUUACCACCGUAGGCUAUGUUGCUUAGCAACCAAAUGACUUGUACAGCGCUUUGAUCUUAGCUUUGGCUGACUGAAAGCGCUUUAUAAAUAAAGUUGAGUUGAGUUGAGUUGAGCAACCGUGACAGUUGACAUACAAAGCAGGAAAAGAAUGAAUACCGAAGUUUU